UUCUGACCACUUAAAUCAGCGGCAGCAGCAGAAGCGGCGGCGGCGGGAUCCCUCCCCGAGCGGCCACAGCAUGGCGGCGCCGGCGGGCGGGCUGGAGGAUGCGGAGCUGCGCGAGGCGCAGCGCGACUACCUCGAUUUCCUGGAUGAUGAGGAAGACCAAGGGAUUUACCAGGGCAAGGUCCGGGACAUGAUCAGUGACAACCAGUGCCGGCUCCUCGUCAACAUCAACGACCUGCGGCGGAAGAACGAGAGGAGAGCCAACAGGCUCUUGAACCAUGCCUUUGAGGAGCUGAUCGCCUUCCAGCGGGCCCUGAAGGAUUUCGUCGCCUCUGUGGACGCCACCUACGCCAAGCAGUACGAGGACUUCUACAUCGGGCUGGAGGGCAGCUUUGGCUCCAAGCACGUGUCCCCACGGACACUGACAGCCUCUUUCCUCAGCUGCAUCGUCUGUGUGGAGGGCAUCGUGACAAAGUGCUCUCUGGUUCGUCCCAAGAUCGUCCGGAGUGUCCAUUAUUGCCCGGCCACCAAGAAGACGAUUGAGCGCCGAUACACCGACAUGACCUCCCUGGAUGCCUUCCCAUCCAGCACCGUCUACCCUACAAAGGAUGAAGAGAACAACCCCCUGGAGACAGAGUUUGGCCUCUCGGUCUACAAGGACCACCAGACCAUCACGAUCCAGGAGAUGCCCGAGAAGGCCCCGGCGGGGCAGCUGCCACGCUCGGUGGAUGUGGUUUUGGAUGAUGACCUGGUGGACACGGUGAAGCCUGGGGACCGUAUCCAGGUGGUGGGGACGUACCGCUGCCUGCCAGGGAAGAAGCAGGGAUACACCUCGGGGACUUUCAGGACUAUCCUCAUCGCCUGCCACGUGAAGCAGAUGAGCAAAGACGUGCGGCCUCUCUACUCUGCUGCUGAUGUGGCCAAGAUCAAGAGAUUCAGCAAGAGCCGCUCCAAGGAUAUCUUUGACCAGUUGGCCAAAUCUCUGGCUCCCAGCAUCCAUGGGCACGAGUACAUCAAGAAGGCCAUUCUCUGCAUGCUGCUCGGAGGGGUGGAGAAGAUCCUGGAGAACGGGAGCCGCAUCCGAGGAGACAUCAACAUCCUGCUGAUAGGAGACCCAUCAGUGGCCAAGUCCCAGCUGCUGCGGUACGUGCUCAGCACAGCACCCCGGGCCAUCCCCACCACGGGCAGGGGCUCCUCCGGCGUUGGCCUGACUGCUGCUGUCACCACGGACCAGGAGACAGGUGAGCGGCGCCUGGAGGCGGGAGCCAUGGUGUUGGCCGACCGGGGCGUGGUGUGCAUCGACGAGUUCGACAAGAUGUCCGACAUCGACCGCACGGCCAUCCACGAGGUGAUGGAGCAGGGCCGCGUCACCAUCGCCAAGGCCGGGAUCCAGGCCCGGCUCAACUCGCGCUGCAGCGUCCUGGCCGCUGCCAACCCCGUCUAUGGCCGGUACGACCAGUACAAGACCCCCAUGGAGAACAUCGGCCUGCAGGACUCUCUGCUCUCCCGCUUCGACCUGCUCUUCAUCGUGCUGGACCAGAUGGACCCCGAGCAGGACAGGGAGAUCUCGGACCACGUCCUGCGGAUGCACCGCUACCGCAACCCCAACGAGCAGGACGGGGAUGCCAUGCCCUUGGGUAGUGCUGUGGAGAUCCUGGCCACGGAUGACCCUGACUUCACGCAGGAGGAGGAGCAGGAGCUCCAGGUGUAUGAGAAACACGAUGACCUCCUGCAUGGGCCCAACCGCCGCAAGGAGAAGAUUGUCAGCAUGCAGUUCAUGAGGAAGUACAUCCACGUAGCCAAGAUGAUCAAGCCCGUGCUGACGGAGGAGGCGGCGAGUUACAUCGCGGAGGAGUAUUCCCGCCUGCGCAGCCAGAGCGAGAUGAACUCGGACAUCGCCAGGACCUCCCCCAUCACGGCCCGGACCCUGGAGACCCUGAUCCGCCUCUCCACAGCCCAUGCCAAGGCCAGGAUGAACAAGACUGUGGAUCUGCAGGAUGCUGAGGCAGCUUUGGAGCUGGUGCAGUUUGCCUACUUCAAAAAGGUGCUGGAGAAGAAGAAACGCAGAAAGACGGUGGAGGAGGACUCAGAGACUGAGAAGGAGGAAGAUGAGGAGUCACAGCCCAAGGAGGAGCGCAGGACGAAGAGGAGGAAGAAGGCACGCACAGAAGGCGAGGGGGGCUCCUACGACCCCUAUGACUUCAGUGACGCCGAGGAGGAGAUGCCACAGGUUCAGGCACACACUCCGAAGACGCCCGAAGCCUCGGCCACUGGGGAAGGGAAGAAGGUGGAGUUGGCUGAGCAAAGGUUGAAAGCGUUCAAGGCUGCUCUCCUGGAGGUCUUCAAAGCUUCCCACGCCCAGUCUGUGGGUCUGAAGAACGUGAUGGAGUCCAUCAACCGCGACAACCCCGAGCCCUUCUCGCUGGCCGAGGUGAAGGGGGCCUUGGCCCACAUGCAGGAUGAAAACCAGAUCAUGGUGUCUGAUGACAUUGUCUUCUUAAUCUGAGCCUCUGGGUGGAAGAUCCCAAGUUUUUGUGGACUCUCAGUCCGGAGACUCUCUGUGUUUGCCUUCAGCUCUCUCCUGAAACCUUCAUCUGGCUGAGCUGGACUUUGGGGAGCUCAGGUCUCUGCACUUCCUUGCUGUGCACUGCUGGCACAAAAGAAGAAGAGCCAGGAGCUCUGGAAGUUGUUGCUGUCUUCAAACUGGAGCAUUUGGGAAGAGGUUUGUUUCUGCAAGGAGGUGAAAGGAAAAAUCUAAGAGCAAAUUAUCAGUGUUCUUAAUGUAUUGUGUUUAGAUUUGGUGGCUUUUUGGUGGAUUUUUAAAAAAUAAAUCUGGAUUUAGGAAUCCAAUAUUCCAUAGUGGUGGUGAGAAGCAAUGUGAGAGCUCCACUACUAGUGAAGCUUUUAUUUUUCCCUUUUUUUUUCCCCAACUGUAUAGCCUAGAUCUGCUUGUCUCACAGGGAAAGAUGCCUAAUGCCUGUCUUGUUGGUUCUGCUUUUCCCACCCAUCUUGUGGAGGAUGAUUCCUGGUGCUGGAGGGACAGGUAUGGUCUGACCUGCUCCACUGCCCAUGGUCAGCUUUAUUUCUGGAUUUCACACCCCUGGUGGGAGUUUUGACCCCAGGAAAGGACAUGGGUGUUCAGAGUUUGCCCAGGGAAUGUGUUUCUGGCACAGAUGGGUUCCAUCUCCAGCUGCUCCUCCUUUCAACCUGGAAUCAUUCCCUGGGGAUGGGUUUCAAGAAAAGCUGACCCCACAGUCAGACCAGUCUCUGCUGCUUGUGAUCCAGUGCUGCUGAAGGUUUGGGAUUUUCUUUAAUUUCUUUUUUCAUCCUGGUGAGUUUGAGAUGAAGCUUUGGAGAAUCCCCUGAGCAGCACUGUCUGUUUGCUCUUAUCCCUGCCCAUCCCCAGACACCUGCACAGCUCAUGUUCCCUUGUUUCUGGA